CAACUGAAUUAGAUCAAGAAUUUAAUAAUAUGUCUUUUAUUCAUUUUCGAUAUGCUGCUUACAUUAUCAACUUGGCAGUAAAAGCUGAAAUGAAAUAUGUAGGAGAUGAAAUCAAAAAACUUCAUCAAUUUAAUUCUACAUAUUUAAUGAUUGCUAGACAAACUUUAAUGCAAAAUAUUUCUGAAUUACUUAUAACAACAAGUCCUGAAGAUCUUGAUAAUCUUUUUUCAACAAUUUCUGAAUAG